CUCAAAUAUCUCGCACGGCAUCUCCAUCACACCAGCCAUUGCGACCCCCGACAGCUCCAAUGGCCUCCAAGAUCACUCCCUACGUCUUCGGCUCGGCCGCAAGGCGGGUAUGCAUCGCAUCUCGCCCAGCCAUUCGCUCCCAACGCCGGGCAUUCGUCGCCUCUCCCCGGGUAGCCAGCGAUUCCCUCUUCGUGCACCGCGACUCCGCCGACAACAAUGCGAGCAUCCCGUUCAAGUUCAGCGAGCAGAACAACGCCGUGAUCAAGGAGAUCCUGGCCCGCUACCCGCCCCAAUACAAGAAGGCCGCCGUGAUGCCAAUCCUCGACCUCGGUCAGCGCCAGCACGGAUUCACCAGCCUUAGCGUCAUGAAUGAGGUUGCGCGUCUUCUUGAGAUGCCGCCUAUGCGCGUCUACGAGGUCGCUACCUUCUACACUAUGUACAACCGCAACCCGGUCGGGAAAUACCACGUGCAAGUCUGCACCACCACCCCCUGCCAGCUCGGCGGCUGCGGCUCCGACGCCAUCGUUAAGGCCAUCGAGGGCCACCUCGGCGUCCACAACGGAGAGACGACCAAGGACAACCUGUUCACAUACUUGGAGGUCGAGUGCCUGGGCGCCUGUGUUAACGCGCCCAUGGUCCAGAUCAACGACGACUACUACGAGGAUUUGACUCCCGAGUCGAUCGUGUCACUGCUCAAGGCAUUGGAGGCGAGCGCGAAGGAUGUGGCAGGGACGCCCUCGAAGGUGCCGGCGCCGGGACCAGCGAGUGGAAGGGAGAGCUGCGAGCCGACUGGGGGGUUGACGAGCUUGAAGGGCGAGCCGUGGGGGAAGGAGCUGUUUAAGAAGGAAUUCCAAUAGGGGGUAUAGAAAAUUUGGGGAGGGGCUAGGGGAUAGAGCAUAUUGGCGGUGUAUAUAUUGUAUGAGAGAUUACUCAUUUAUGAUUGUGUCUUUUGCUGGUUGACUUUGAGAAUGGGUGAGUGAACGGUGAAUACGAGGAGAACGAACGCAACAAUAAACGGAAAGACAGGUCGCGAAUGAUCAAAUGCAGAGGGAUGAGGGAGACAUCAAUACUUUUGCCCCCGAAAGUCUGAAGAAGGGCUAAGUAGAGGUAAGAGUUGAUAUUGGUAAUCUAGGCUCACACAACCUUUCCCUUUAAGACUAUCUCACAGUAACUAUCUCUAUAAGUCUAUCUUAUAGUAACUAUCUCUUUAAGUCUAU